CAACUCCCUCCACUAACAUUGUGUAAGUUAGUAACUCAUGUAACCUACCUAACCUUGGACUAGACUAAGGUUAGACUAACCUUGGACCUUUGCCCGCAAUCUCCUGCGCUCAAAUCAAUUAUCAUUAUUUCGAGUCGUGACGUGACGAAGUCACGGCAACCACUCAACAAUACGCAUACUUUUCCCAUCUGCCACAGAUCCAUCUUGAACCAUCACCACUCGACCACUAGACAACGCCAAAUACCUACCGCGCCUUAGAUAUCCUCCGACUCCGCAAACUAGAUAUUCCACGACUGUGCCAUUCGUUGAUGCACAGUCGCAACAACACUUGUCUAACCCCUCCCCUUCUAUUUCAUGCAACAAGAGUUUCCUGAGUCUUCCCACCACGCGCAAGGAACAAACACACUCGUUUCCCUCCAACCUUCCUCUCAAGAUGGCUUCCACCUUCAACAGGGCACUUGCAGCACCGACCCUGACCCGGGCCAGCCGCAGCACCGCCAUAGCAGCCUCUCGCCACACUCAAUCGCCAGUCAGGAGGAGAGCGCCAACGCGUCUCACCAUGACCAUGGCAUCAGUAUCGACCAACUCGACGAGAAAUUAUGCCGACUGAACGUUGAGGGCAACUCCUUGACCCCAGGUCAGCGCAUCGCUGAAUAUGAGAGAGCCUUGACACCAGUGACACCGAAACAAGCUUUGGGUUUCAAGGUCAUAAAGCGUGCCAACCCGUCAACCGACGGCCCUCAGCUGGCUGACUUCCCUAAUGAAAUUCUGACCCAUAUCUUGUCUCAUCUGCACCCCGAUUCGCAUACCGCUGUCGCUCUGGCCUCAAAAAGGUUUUACACUUUGGUGACAACCUCACAUGCGUGGCGAAUGGCAUUUCAGCGUUUCUUCCCUGGUCAAGAUGCCCUGUCGGCGACUGGAACCCCUGACCCUGCGGCAAACGAUGACGAAGAGUUCAUUCGAUCUGAGAUCCGGCAGUUCGCUCGUUUAACCAGCAAUGCCUCUUGGCGUAGCGAGUAUUUGCUUCGCACUCGCCUUUUGCGAAGUCUUGCUAGAGGCAAACCGAGCACCUCGCGUGCUGUUGGGCCCUCUACUCGCAGCCUCCAGACAGGCAAGAAGUUGAGUGCAGUCUUGACGUACAACUCAAAGCUGCCCUCCAUGGUUACCAAUGUGCAUGCUACUUUUACCUCGAGCGCCAAGAAACCACCCCGUGUCGUGCAUGGUGCUUCCGACUUGAACAUUUGCAGUGCUGCCGAUCCUACCAAUGGCAAGGUGGAGAAAUGGGGACUGGAUGACCCCUUUACCUUUGCUCAGUUUGAUGAAGUUGUACCUCAAAUCAUGCCGUAUGGCGUUGGGGAAGGCCCAGCAUCAGUGCCUAAUGUUAUGGACGUCAGCCAACCUCUAGGUGUUGUUGGCGGCGAGGGCUUCCCUGGUGGCAGGGUCUUUUUCCGCCCAACAGGUGUCUACAGGGGCAAAUAUCUAAGUCCAGACUCAAGCACGGUAGAUGCCUAUCCAGAUAUUCCCAAGAUACCAGAAUUGUCUGAAGGCAUUUGCUCAGUCUGGAUUGCCAAAUCAACCGCCCUUCCCACUUUUACUCAUACCAUGGUUGGCAUCCUGACGGGCUCAACGUUGGGUGUCAUUACGGCCUAUGCCCUCGGUACUGAUCCAGCUGGACCACGAUAUGCUACCGGGCAGAUCACUGCUCGAUGGGUUCUAAGUCCUGGUGUACCCAUCGUUGCUAUUCAAUGCGAUGAGAGCUACAGCCUCAAACGUAAAUCUUGGGGCCGCGUUUUCGCCGUGGCAUUAAACGCUCUUGGCGAAGUUUUUUACUUGACGAAACCCCCGACACCGCUGACUGUCAAGGCCAGAGCCGAAGAUGCUACCAAAUGUGCUUGGUACGCCGGCCGCACUACCUACUGGCAUUUAAUUGAGGCUACUCGUCGCCAAGCACGACCCGACGAGGCUGAUAAGAACGUACUUCGGGGUGCUUACUCUCCUCGGUCUCCAUCCUAUACUAUGAACCUGAAGAAAGACCAGCUUAUUGCAGAAGCACGAGAAAUCGACAGGUUUUUACGAUAUAAGCCCAGUCAUUUCCGCAAGGUGUGCGAUGGAUGGGACAUGCGUCGAAGGCUGGAGGUCGACUUCUCGGCAACUUCUGAGGAUGGCGCUGGAGAAGGCAUCUUCGUCAUUGAGUGUGGUCUUGAAGAUGAACAGCACUCUGCCAUCACUCGCUACUCGCGUCUCAUGUUAAGGGGUAGCGUCGCUGAUGUUGUCAGGACAAGUCCUGACACGGCUGCCGAGAGCGAAGUCACGUUCUCCCUCUUUGGUGGUGACAUGGCCACUGUGCCGUCCCCAGAUGACAUGGCAUCGACUCUUCCAAAGCCAGCCUUGAUCUCAGGCGCCCCAGCGCCGUCGACCCUGGAGGAGUACAAACUUGAUGACUGGCGUAAAAGCACAUUUCUGUUGCCUAACGGUGGCACAAAAAUAACCAUUUCCAGCGUCGAUUUGUCCCUUUAUGCUAUGACGACAACCUUCGAAGACGCAGCAAAAGAGGACGCAGGUACUCCAGCCGCACCAACGACCCCGACUCAGCAUCUGGCAUCGGACAUCCCCGGUAGACGGGCAAGGAUGCUGGGUGUGGGGACCAACAUCGGAAGCAUAUGCUUAUGGAACAUGAGAGAAGGUCACCUUACAGACGGAAUCAAGCCUCUACGAAUUAUUCAAACGGAGUCGCCCGAGAUCACCUCCCUGGCCAUCUCUGCGUUAUAUCUUGUUCAUGGCGGCAGCGAUGGGCUUGUACAAUCAUGGGAUCCCCUGGCAUCCACGCUUGACCCUCUUAGAACUAUGAAUGCUCGUUCAACGGGGCGAGUCCCACGCAUUAUGAUGUCCGUGAAUCCGGGUCUUCGUAACAGCAAUUUUGCGGCAGUCGGUGCAAUCUAUCUAGACCCAGAUCCGACUUUGCUUAGAGGCGUUGUCUGCUUUGGCACAUUCGUGCGAUAUUGGGCCUAUAGCUCAAAUGGUCAACCUUCAGGCAGAAAACGCCGUUUACGUCACUCAGAGGUUCACGGUCGCGCAGACAGCAGCCGACGUUUUGGCAGUGGCGUGAAAGGCUAUAUCGCCGCUGAGGCUGAGGAGCUACGUGUGGAGCAGCAUCACAAGGCUCAGGAAAAAGCCCAUCUGCGUUCUCGGUUCGGUGUUGGUCUAGCAGACCUCACUGAAGAAGAGGCAAUGCAGUAUGCAGAGAUGAUAUCUCAAGAGGCCUUCCAGUUCGAAGAGCUGCGUCGAACCAGUGCGAGUGAGACUGGCUCCGCAUUUGAUACUACAUCCACGAGUGGGCGAAGCUUUGCCACUGUUACUCCUGAUCCAAGCGUGACAGGUUUCAGCCCACCUACUGCCAGCAGCAGCGUACCCCCAAAAGUUACCGACGACGAGACCGACUAUGAACUUCAGAUACAACAGGCUCUGCGACUCUCCCUACUCGAAGGUGUUCAUGACAGAGGCCAUUCGCCACAAGGCAAUAGCUCUGGAGAUUGCGACAACGCGGUGAUAUAUAUGCAAAAGCGAGGCAAACAGACUUCUUCGACUCCAUUUUCGAGUCACACUCCUGUGGUACAGCAUACAGCUCUGCCCAGCGCCACCGCGGCUAGUUUGGAUAUGGACGAUGACUUGCGUCUUGCAUUGGAGCUGAGUCUCGCUGAGGAAGAGAGCCGAAAAUCUUUCCAGACGAACAUGGGCGCAGAUGAUGACGACUUCCCUUCCCUAAACGUUGGUGAUAAAGGAAAGGGCCGAGCUUGGUAAAGGCUAGGAUUGGUUUGGUAAUUAUCGUUUCGAGCCUUUGAUAUUUAUUUCCCUUCAUAGCUGAUGCUUCAUGCAAAGUUGUUAAUGCUUUGCUAUUCAUUCUUAGUCUAAUUAGUUGGGCCUUCCCAAACAAAAUAUAUGCUAGUUUCUCAUUCAACAGACA